AUGCCAAGCAUUUCGAGAGGUGGGGUCGAAAGGGGGCUUACCCUUACCCUCCCAACUGCCGUUGGGGGUCCCAACGGCUCGGCCCCACGUACAUUCUUCUUCAUGCACCAAGAUGGCAAGGAUGUCGCUGGCGGCCAUUUCCAGUAUUUUCAUGUCUAUGAGCGCUGCCCGUACUGCACAACUGAUGGGAUCUUGCUGGAAGGUACCAGCCUCCCAUGGGUGGGGCUAGGCCGCAAAAACCGGACAGUCGAGCCCUGUGCGCUGGAAGGGAACAAGAGCAAGACCGUCAUGCACUGCAUCCGCCGCGAUCCAUGCUGCGACUUGUGCAAAAAGGCAACUCGCGUGACCUACCUCAGAGAAAAUCCGCUGAUCCAGGAUCGGCCGAUGUACGACAUUCAAGGCUUGACCGCGGAGGAGAAGGACAUCUUCGAGCGAGGAAGGUGCUUCCAGAAUUUCUCCGAGCAUGAGACCAUGCUUGUGUCUGACAUGGCUUUGCACAGGGAUAUUCGAGUGAACGAGCUUGGCACCCCAUUGAACUGCGAGAGCAACCACGCCUUCGGCAUCGACAGCAAGUGCCCGCGCAACAUGCUGGCUGAUGAAGGGGACAACCCAAUGUCUGCGAUUGUUGAGGAAUAUGCCAACGAUCAGAAUCUUUGGGCUGAGCAUUUCAAGGACGCCCUGCAUCGCAUGCUGGCCAACGGCGUUAAUGCAUCACCACUUCUGUUCUCGGUUGAAGCCUGCCUCCCUCAUGGGAUGCCGCAUGCAAAGAGCCGGACUUUCAAGAAAUCUGACCGCGACGGUGGUCGCAAGCUUGAGCAUCAGCCAGCCCCGUGUACCGCCAGUGUAAGGCAUGAGACCGUUUGUCCCCACGGCUUUACACCGCUGCCAAGCAUGCGCCAUUUCGCGACGACACACCACAGCUCAGAACCGUCCAUCUCUCGUGAAAGGUUGCUGACGAGCUGUUCGACACUUCGACUGCUUGAUGCUCGAACUUCGCCAACGGCCAAAGGCAAGCCUCCAGUGCAGGAGUUCGCGUAUUCUUUACCAUACGAGCUCGACGUAGAGUUCACACUUCCUCGGUGGUUGAGCCCAGAUCAAUCUACACGAGUCUUUUUUGUGGCGCUGGACAUGAACUUAAUCAAGAAACACAACCUCAGCCCUUUAUCUGUUUGGAAAGGUGCCAGCAUUGCCGAACGUUUCAUGUGUGUCAAGCCUGUUGAACGCUUGGACUUAAAGAAGGCGCAGCAGACACUGCAUGGCAUUCCUGUCAAACCAUGCGUGUUGUCUGGAGGCAAGGCCAGGAUAUUGAUGCUGGUUGUUGAACAGCCAAAAUAUAUCAAGCCUCCGGAAUGGUCUUUGUUGGGCUUGCUGAGUGUAGCAUUAGACAGGUCACCUCUGCAACUGAGUGGCGUGAUGCAACACUUGGAGUUGCCCUUUGAUGACGCCAUCGUUUGUGGCCAACUUACGCUGGAGGCCACGAUCGUCCCUUCUACUCCGGGAGCUUUACACCGUGUCCCGUUGAGAAUAGUCUGCAUGUUGGAUGCUUCUGCAUCUAUGUCGAAGCACCAAAGCUCGGUCCAGACUGCAUUGUGUGACAUGCUCCAAUGGCUUGUGCCACAAGAUCAGCUGGGAAUUGUGGCAUCCUCCAGUGAUGAUGGAGGAGUCGUGCUCGAGUUAACCCACAUGGAUGACGAGGGCAAGCAACGGGUGGUUGAGGCUCUCGAGGCGGUGCAGACAGGAGAACAUGCCGACGUCACGCGUGGGCUUGCUGUGGCCUUACAGUGCAUGGAGAACACGUCGGAGUGCCCAGAGGCUGCGGUGUCAGCAAUCGUCUUGCUUGCAUGCGGUGGAGAUGCCCUGCUGCAGGACAUCUGUGCAGAUCACAUGGACUUUUUGCUCGACCGGUGUGCUGCGGUUCCCUGCAGCCUGUACACCUUCGCGCUUGCAUCUGAUGAAGGCAUGGAUGCGCUGCCAGAGCUUUCCCUAAGAUCCAAGACACCAUUCACAUUCCUUGAGCAAGCAGCUUUGCUCCAAGAAGCUCUUGCGAGACUUGUUGGCCUUUUGUCCAGUGUUGUCGCGCAGCAGAUCGAGGUGGUGCUGAGGCCUCGUUUCGAGGUCGAGGACAUACUUACCCCAUUUGACUGCUACUGUAGUGGGAGUGAUCCUGCGACGUGGCAUGUGACAAUACCUGAUCUGAGCAUCGGCGAGAGAAGGGAUAUUCUGGUGAAGCUGGCUGUGCCAUCCACUGCUCCGAUGAAAGACGGCAGCAUCACUCUCCUAGAAGCCGCCGUCUCUUCUCAAGGCUACGUCAUGGCGGAGCAAAGCAUCAGCCUCCGACGCAACAUCAGCGGCCUUGAGAGAGAUGAAGGCCUGACUGAAAACUUGGAGGUGCGCGAUCACUUGGAACGUCUGGAAGCAGGCCGGGCGCGGGAAGAGGCAGUCUUCGAUGCUGACCACUUUGCCUUUGAGGCAGCUAGGGGACAUUUGCAGAGCAAGAGGAGGGAGUAUAGGGCCAUGGUUCCAAGAACGCCCAUGCUCGACCUUUUGGAUCAAGAGUUGCAAUCUGCAGAUCAGCACCUCGAGCAUCUGCAUGCAGGUGAAGACUGGAAGUCAUGCCGCCCAAGGCUUUUUGAAGCAAUUCUCAUGCACAGGCUCCAGCGUUCGGUGCUGAGCACAGCACUCGCAAUCGUCCAAGCCUGA